AGAAGGCGCGAUGUUGGCGUGUCGCCCCCUGCUGGUCACCUGGGCUCUGCUGGCCUCCUCAGUCCGAUGCCAGAGCUGGAGGCCGUGCACAGAUCUGCGCCCUAUUGACCUCCUGUCCAAAGCCCUGCCACGCCCUGGACAAGCCACGCCCACUCAGGUGCAGAUGGUUCAGUCCAGAGGGUCCAGAGGAAUCAGGCUAACCGGCACCGAACCGACUGCUCUGAGUUUUACUGCCUCACAGAUAUUCACCAACUGUGACUAUUUUCCUUCUGAGUUCUCGUUGGUGGCCACCAUGAAGAUACAGAGACUGAGGAAGAAGACGAAUCAGUACAUCUUCUCUGUGAUGAAGGAGGGAUCCGAGUCGUUGCUGCUGGGGCUUCGUGUCUCUGAGAACCGUCUCCACCUUCUGACUUCUCCCCCUGGUGGUGGAGGACGGAGAAGGAUCAGCUUCAAAAACGUCAGAUUGGACGACAACAGAUGGCACACUGUGGUUCUGGCUGUGACCGGUCCUUACGCCACGCUGACUGUUGACUGUGGACCACCUGUGGAAAUUAAACAGGUCCAGACCUUCCCCAGUACUCUGAGCACCAGAGGAUCCAGGUUCAUCAUCGGUAGCAGGGGCCACUGGAGGGGCCGCUUCUCUGGUCUACUUCGUCAGCUGGUUCUUCUUCCAGGCUCAGAUGCGACACCCAGACUUUGUCCCAACUCUGAACCCAGUCUGGCAGAGCUCUCUGUCCCGCAGGUCCUCAAAACCUCCCCGCUCCAAACGGACCAGCAGGGCUCAGUUUAUCCAUACGAGGCUGAGGCCAGAGUGACAGCAGGCGAUCGUCCUCCAUGUUCAGGCCCAGAGAAAGGUCAGCUGUGGUUCAACGUUCGGAAGAAAGGUCUGUUCAUCUGUGACGGGAUGAUGUGGCGGACGCUCAUGCAGGAUAAAGAGCGUCUGGACUAUGUGGAGGACUACCAGGACCUCUACACCCGCUCAGAAACCUUGGAUGUGGAGCUUUUCUCCAUCCCGUCUGAAGGCCUGUUCAUGGCUGCAGCCAACAGGGAUUCCCGACCCGGUUCUGGUAUUUACAAAUGGAUUAAUGGGUCAUUCCAGCUAUAUCAGAACAUCAGCACUCAGGAAGCUCAAGCCUGGAAAUAUUUCACCAUCGAUGACAAGGUUUUCCUGGUGGUGGCGGACAUGCAGAAGGCAGAACCUGAGCUGUCGACCAUCUACCGGUGGAAUCGUCGGCAGAAACGUUUCCUUCGCUAUCAGACUCUGGAGACUCACUCUGCUCGGGACUGGGAGGCCUUUCAGAUCCACAACAGCAGCUUCCUGGUGGUGGCCAAUCACAUGCGAGACUCCAACCAUAACAUCCACAGUGUGAUCUACAGGUGGAACCCUGACACAAAGCUGUUUGAGGUGAACCAGACUCUGUCCACGUCUGGAGCCUAUGACUGGGAGUUCUUCACCAUCGGCCCGUAUUAUUUUCUAGUGGUGGCGAACACCUUCAACGGUCAGAACACCACCAUCAGCUCCACCAUCUACGUCUGGUUGGACGGGUGUUUCCGGAGCUUCCAGAACAUCACGACGGUUGGAGCGACGGAUUGGGAGAUGUUCCAGAUCGACGGCAGGUUCUUCCUCGCCGUCGCCAACAGUCAGCAGUUCUCCAGGAAAUCCCAGAGUUUCUACAACAUCAACUCCACCGUGUACGAGCUGAACAUGUUCACCCAGACCUUCCUCCGCUUCCAGGACAUCCCGACUCACAGCGCUCUUGACUGGGAGUUCUUCACCAUCGGAGACGAGAAGUUCCUGGUUGUGGCGAACUCUUAUGAUGGCAGUUCAUACUCUGUGAACAGCGUCGUCUACAGGUGGCAGGGCUACGAAGGCUUCGUCCCGGUCCACAGUCUGCCCACCUUUGGCUGCAGAGACUGGGAACACUUCACCACUGAGCAGGGCUCCUUCCUCUUCUACUCCAGCGCCACCUCCAGGCUCAGUAAGGUUUUCAGACUCAGAACCUACUGAGAGGUUCUGAUUGGAUCAGACGGAUGACAUCACAUCACUGAGGGCGGGGCUUCAGGAGGAAUUUCCUCUCUUUCAGCUGCAACCUCAAAC